CAGGAUGGCGAGCUUCAACUACAUAAUCACAACACGAACAAUUAGUAAACACAUACAAGUUUACAAAGCAACAACAUAAAACGAGUGAAGUCUUCCUCCUAGCCAACGUCACCACCCCAAUUCCAAGUUCUUGCCUUGCUCCAGUUGCUGGCCAUAUUACCACAAAAUCAAGUCGAACACCUAACAUAAACAAACGAAUCAUGGCUUCGAAGCUCAUCGCCGUCGUUGCUGGUGUCGGUGCCGGAACGGGCGCCUCGGUUGCGCGCAAGUUUGCGAAAUCAUACCCCGUCGUGCUCCUCGCACGUAAACCAGAGAACUUUGAGUCGCUUGCCAAGGAGAUUAAUGAAUCGGGCGGCAGAGCCUUUGGUGUCUCCACGGAUGUCUCCUCUCAGGACAGCCUCCAGAAAGCUCUCGGCGCGAUUAAGAAAGAGUUUGGUGACGACGUCGGUGCCGCCGCAGCCAUAUUCAAUGCUAGCGGUGGGUUCCUGCGCAAACCGUUUCUUGAAAUCGACGCUUCGGUGUUCGAGCAGUCCCUCAGCGUCUCAGCCCUCGGAGGCGUCUUCUUCUCGCAGACUUUCCUGCCCCUGUUGCUCAAGGGCAAGGAGGCAGGGGGCCAGUACCCGCCCACCCUGGUCUUCACGGGUGCAACAGCAAGUGUCAAGAGCAGUGCCCAGCUCGCAAGCUUCUCGACGGGGAAGUGGGCGCUGAGAGCCUUGAGCCAGAGUCUUGCGAAGGAGUUUGGACCCCAGGGCGUCCAUGUGGCUCAUGCGAUCAUUGAUGGUGUGAUCGACAUCCCCAGGACGAAGGAAUGGCUGAAGGACUUGGGGCCAGAGGCCAAGUUGAGCGCUGAUGGGAUUGCGGAUGAUUACUGGUACUUGCACACACAACCAGUAACGAAUUUCACGUGGGAGUUGGAUACGAGGCCUGCGAUUGAGAAGUGGUAGUUGUGCCACUCUAUACGCUCGGGGCAUGGAGGUAGAGCAAGCUUCUAUGUAGUUCGACGACGUCGAGGCAUACUUUUUAACUAAUUGGUCGCUUCAUUGGUUGUUGUCCUUUUUUCUAUCUUCAUAAUUCGUCUCGUCGUGGAACACAUGCCCAAUCAGGCCAUGCCUGCUCUGCCAACCUGGAUCAUUUCACCGGUCAACCUGUCGUCGCUCCGUAGCACUGG